AUCAACCAUUUCAGUUAGGGAACUUUUAGAAACAGGCGAUGGCUAUCUUUCAGAAGGUAAAGAAAAUGUUAUAAGUAUCAAACAUAAACCUCUUGCACUGAUUGCAAACAACAUGCAUAUUAACAAGCUUCGUAAUAACUCAUUAAAUAAUUCAAACGAAGCAACUGAUAGAACUUUAAAUUAUAAUUCAUAUUUAAUUAAUACAUCUUGUUAUACUACACCACAUUUAUCAUCACGUUCAACUAAUACAUGUCCAUCUACCCUAACACCACGUUCACCAUGUUCGACUAAUACGCAUUCAUCUAUAACACAUAAUGUGCAUCUAUCUACACUAUAUACGUUGCAUUCAACUAAUGCGC